AUGGGGGACCCACCGCCCGACCCUGAGGAACCUUACCAGCAGUUCACAAGACAGAGUUACCGGGCCUUUGAGCAGCAGCGCAGUCAGGAGCCCUCUGUGGCCCAGCCCACGGUCCCCCAGGAGGGGCCGCAGGUGACAUUUGACAUCCAGAAUCUGAGGAGCAAUCAAGAGACAUUGAGCCAGAGCCAUCAGGGAUGGUCACAAGGAGCCAGCCAGAGCCAAUUUGGUAAUUUGUUCCAGGCUGAGGAACCCCAGGGUGGCUUGGAGUACCUGUCUGUUCCCUCGGAUUUUCAGCAACAACCUUAUCUGGAGGAAGGAGGAGCCCAGCCCACCCACAGUGCCAGCCUAAUCCUGCAGCAGCUACAGCAGGGCCAAGGCAACGUCUUCCAGCAACUGGAGUCAGCCUACCAGGAUCCUCAGCCUAACUUCCUGGGCCAGUUCAACAUGUUCCAGAGAGAAGACCUGGGGUUCAGCGAGGGUGCCCAGCAUGGGCCCUACAUGAGGGAUGACCCUGCCCUCGAGUUCUCACCCUCUGAGCUGGGCUUUAUGCCCUUCAAUAUGGAGGUGUCCGAGCCGGAGCCCCGGGAGCUGGCCGUGCAGAAUGCCAAGGCCUACCUGCUGCAGACCAGCGUCAAUUGCGACCUCAGUCUGUAUGAGCACCUGGUGAACCUGUUGACCAAAAUCCUGAACCAGAGACCUGAGGAUCCCUUGUCUAUCCUGGAGACGCUGAACCGAACCACACAGUUGGAGUGGUUCCACCCCAAGCUGGACACGCUGCGGGACGACCCAGAGAUGCAGCCCACCUAUGAGAUGGCAGAGAGGCAGAAGACGCUGUUCAUCCGAGGCAGCGGUGGUGGUGAGGGCGAGCAGGAGAUGGAGGAGGAGGUGGGAGACACAGCCGUGCCCAACGUCAUGGAGUCGGCCUUCUACUUCGAACAGGCUGGCGUGGGCCUGAGCUCAGACGAGAGUUUCCGCAUCUUCCUGGCUCUGAAGCAGCUGGUGGAACAGCAGCCCGUCCAUACCUGCCGUUUCUGGGGCAAAAUCCUGGGGCUCAGCCGCAGCUACCUGGUGGCCGAGGUGGAAUUCCGGGAGGGCGAGGAGGAGGUGGAGGAGGAGGAGGUGGAGGAGCUGACCGAGGGCGCCGAGAUCACAGACACGCAUGGCGAGGAGGAGGGGGAGGAGGACGAGGAGAAGGCCGCGGACAUCCUCCCCAAGCGGAUGUGGAAGCCACCUCCCGUCAUCCCCAAAGAGGAGAGCCGAUCAGGCACCAACAAGUACCUGUAUUUCGUGUGCAACGAGCCCGGCCGGCCAUGGAUAAGGCUGCCGCAUGUCACGCCCAACCAGAUCGUGGUGGCCCGCAAGAUCAAGAAGUUCCUCACUGGCCACCUGGAUGCACCGGUCAUCAGCUACCCGCCCUUCCCAGGCAACGAGGCCAACUACCUGCGCGCCCAGAUCGCCCGCAUCUCGGCUGCCACGCACAUCAGCCCGCUGGGCUUCUACCAGUUCAAUGAGGAGGAGGGUGAUGAGGAAGAGGAGGGUGGCCCAGGGCGCGACUCUUUUGAGGAGAACCCCGACUUUGAGGGCAUCCCGGUGCUUGAGCUGGUGGACUCCAUGGCCAACUGGGUGCAUCACAUGCAACACAUCCUUCCACAGGGCCGCUGCACUUGGGUGAACCCUUUUCAGAAGAAGGAGGAGGAGGAGGAGCUGGGGGAGGAGGAAGAGAAAGCAGAUGAGGGGAUGGAGGAGAUGGAGCAGGAGAUUGGGCCCCCGCUGCUGACGCCGCUCUCAGAAGAUGCAGAAAUCAUGCACAUGUCGCCCUGGACCGCCCGUCUGUCCUGCAGCCUCUGCCCCCAGUACUCCGUGGCCAUCGUGCGCUCCAACCUCUGGCCGGGGGCCUAUACCUACGCCAGUGGCAAGAAGUUUGAGAACAUCUACAUUGGCUGGGGCCACAAGUACAGUUCGGAGAACUUCAAUCCGCCCCUGCCAGCCCCCAUUCAGCACGAAUACCCCAGCGGCAUAGAGAUCACAGAGAUGAACGACCCAACGGUGGAGGAGGAGCAGGCUCUUAAGGCUGCCCAGGAGCAGGCCCUGGCAGCUGCGGAGGAAGAGGAGGAGGAUGAGGAGGAAGAUGAAGAUGAGGACCUGGAUGACUGA